UAAUAUUAGCAAGUAUCUGGUAAAGUACACUCAGAUGCUUUUUACAUCUCGGCGACGCAAAUAAAGAGGAUUACUAUUGCUGCCAUUUUUUUAAAUGAUUUAAUAUUAUAAGUACGUGCCUUAUUGCAUGCAAAAAAUCAAUCUUUAAAUAGAUGACAAUGAAAACAGUAAUGAGACUGACUAAAACAUUUAUUUAUAACAAUAUUUACAAUAGGACCAUUGAAUGUCGCUAAAAGUAGGUAUUAUUAUUUACCAAACUUAGUUUGAUAAAAAAUCUCAUUACAGGAAAUCUUUACAAAUUAAAAUAAAACUGAACUUAACUUCUGUAAUAAAUGAAUAAAUAUUAUAGGGACAUUCUUACACAAUUGACUAAGUUCUACGGUAAGCCAAGAUGGCGUGUGUUGUGGGCACUCAGACAACGAUGUAUAUAAUAUACAAAUACAUAAAAACAUCCAUGACUCAGGAACAAAUAUCUGUGUUCAUCACACAAAUAAAUGCCCUUAACGAGGUAGGUAGGAGGACAUUGUUUGUUAUAGGUUCCUAUCUAUUACAUAGCAGCCCGCGUAGCCAACGUGCCAAUCGUUAACGCUCCGUAGCGAACGAAACGCAACUGUCACUGUCGCACUAAUAUGACUACAAUACGCUACGGAGCUGGCUACGCCGCCAGGUACGUAGGUACUAUUAUUACUUAGUGUUUAGGUAUUAUUAUCUGAGGAAUGCGCAAACGCUGAUAACCGCCACCCAAGAUAAGGGGCGUGGCUGAAGAUAAGGCAGGAUUCUUAAUCCCGUCAAAAAUGAGAGCCAAGUUCAAUAUUAAGUAUGUGCCUACGUCGCUGUACCUAUGCAGGUACUUACAAUAGGUACUUACGAUACAAGUGCGGGAAGUAGGAAAUUCGCAACUAGUGGUGAUAAAUUAAAACACGACCGAAGGGUUAUGAGUGUCAAUGUUUUCUUUACUAGGUACGUGUAAGGAGUAAAAAUAAUAAUCCGGCAUUUUCAGGAGGCUGGAUGAUGCGUUCAAAUUGCGUUGGAAGACCAUCAUUUAUUUCAGGAAGAUCAAACUAACAGAUUCACUUUUGUAUUUGAAUAUAAAGGAAUAAUAACUCUGUGAAGUAGUGAUGUUAUCAUCAUAUCGGAAUAAUAAUAUCAUUUGUAUUGAGGGGCGUGGCAUGUGAAGAGGAGUGGUGGGGGUAAAAGUAACUUCUAUAAAUAUUUACAUAAUCUUAAUUCUGCACUAUUUCUCCCCGAUACGUCAGACAGUAAUUUCCAUUGACAAAAAAAAUGUCGUCUGAUAUAAUUCAAUCUCGCAGCAUCGUGUUCCGUAAACGUGGAAGGCCCGCCGGCAAAGGUCGAGUUCCUCUAAAUUUGGUAAGUCCUUACUGGCUAAGGCUAUACUUUUAUAUGUAUGUCUAUCUCCUGUAUUCAUUUGAAUGUGUCGAUAAUUGUUUCAGGAUGAGAGACGGGCUCGCAAUGCGGUGUAUGAAAAGGAGCGCAGAGCUGAAAUGAAGGAUACUCUAGAUGAAUUGUCUUCAGCAGUCGGUCUACCUAAUACAGUAAGCAUACUUGUAAAAUACUUAUUUAAAUAUUUUUCUUUCCUCUUUUGAUUAUUUCACAAUUGAAUAUUUUUAAUGCUUGUUUCAGAUGGCUGUUACGGACGUGCUGGCUGAGGUCAUCACAUAUCUAAAGACGUCAACGAUGCGCGACAACUAUUGGGACGCAGACAGACUACGAGAAUGCAAUGAUAACCUCGCGUCUCAAAUUACAAUGUUGGAGCACCGCCUCGCUACCGAACCUGACCCGAAGAGUUGUCCUACGAAGAGGAAGGUUGAGGAUUGUGACUGGCCGAGUCCUUCAAGCAAGCGAUUCUCGGCGAGUCCAUCUCAAGAUCCGUUGCGGCUUUCAACGUGUCAGCGAGUUCAGCCACGACCAAUUCCAGAGCUUCAGUGUCCUUCUAUGCUAGGCUCGACUUCCCAGCUACAACCAUUAAGGCGCGGAGAUGAAUCCUGCGAUUUCCCGUUGUCUUGUAAAGAGGAACGACUUUCGCCAUCAAUGUUACCCGAAGCGUCGGUACCUGACGUUAGGUUUACGACAAACCCAAACCUUACGCCGUCGCCAUCAUACUGCGACAUUGUGGAACCAAGUGUAAAGGAUGAAGAUCUCGCUGAGGUGGCUACUGUUUGGACAUUGUAUGCUACUGCAGGCUCCCGACUAUCUUUAGGCCAGUUUGAUAUUUGGGCCACUGAGGAAGACCUCGUCUCGCUAUAUUUGUAAAUAAUAAUUCGUAAAUUAUUUUUAUAUCAUGUAUGUACUUGUAAUUAGAUGACUAAUUAUAAAAUGUAUUGUAAUUUUGUUAAUAAAAUACGUUUUCUGCACAUCAUGUAUUUA